AUGAUCACCCGCGAACAGAUCUGGAGGGCGUUCCAAACAGUUGCCGUCCCCGUCCUGCUCGGACUGAUCGCUCGCCAGAUUUGGCCGACCCAAGUAGAAGAAACGCCCAAAUCCCUCUAUCUUCCCCUCCUCGCCGACAUUGACUUCAUGCCUAGGAAGCUCCCAGUGACCUACCGCACUGAUGCCUCCGACUUCGACGCGUAUGAACGGAUUUCAGUGCUUCAAGAUGUCGUCUCGCAGGGAAGCCCCAACGUCACUGCCGUGAUCCUCAACUGGUCUCGCUUCCCGAACGUCAUGCUCAUCACUUCCCUCUUGUGCGGACCCUGGCUCCAAGGAACAAUUGCCGAGGUGUUCAUUUGGAACAACAACCCGAGGAGGCUCACUUACGAAGAUAUGAAGAACACGGGAUGUCCUAAGUCGAAGUUGCGGAUUCAUAACGCUCCUGCAAACUCGCUCUUUCAGGGGCGAUUCCUCGCUUGCGCUCAAGCCAACACACCCUACUGCUUCAUCCAGGACGACGACUACCUCAUCCGCCCGGAGAUCAUUCAAUCCCUCCAAGCCCGUAUUUCCGAACCCGAUGCUUCCCGGGCCAUACACCUGUUGCCGCCACACGAGCAUCUCUCGACGACGUUACGGGAGACACAUGUUUCAAGAUCUCCCGAUCGGGAAGUCUCGGACAUCCACACGUCGUUCGCCUGGCUAGGCCAUGGUACGAUGUUGCGUCGAUCAGAGGCGCAGGGUUUCCUCAAUCUCUUACGGCACUUGGAUGCGCCCGCUGAUGAC